AUGCCCCAGAAAAUCACUGUUGCGGUGGCGCAAGCCCGUACUCUUUCGACUCUUGAGGCGACUCUGGGAGCCCUUAAGCAGAUUACCCAUCAUGCAGCUUCAAAGGGUGUCCAUCUCCUACUAUUCCCAGAGGCCUACCUAGGAGGAUAUCCUCGAACCUGUGACUUUGGAACCGCUGUUGGUGCUCGGGCGCCCUAUGGCCGGGAUCAGUUCCUGGAAUACUUCCGCGCAGCUGUCGAUCUGGGGGAUACACCCGCUGGGGCGGGCGAUGACUGGGUGGAGCGCAAGCUUCCCAAUGCUAAGGGUCGAGACCAUCGAGGCGAUGGUACAAGAGAAUUCCUGGAGCAAGUUUCUCGAGAGACAGGAGUUUUCAUCGCAACUGGAUUGAUCGAGAAGGCCGGGGGCAGUCUGUACUGCUCCGCCAUCUAUGUCGAUCCAUUGCGGGGCAUCCUGGGAAAGAGACGCAAGGUGAUGCCGACUGGCUCGGAGCGUUUGGUUUGGGCGCAAGGAUCACCAUCAACUCUAAAGGCCAUCACCACUGAGCUCAAUGGAGUCAAACUUACCAUCGCAGCCGCUAUUUGCUGGGAAAGCUUCAUGCCCUUACUUCGACAGAGCCUUUACUCGCAAAAUGUGAACAUCUAUCUUGCUCCGACAGCUGACAGCCGUGAUACUUGGCUGCCUCUCAUGCGUACCGUUGGCGGCGAAGGCCGCACUUUUGUGCUCUCCUGCAACCAAUGCGUCCGAUACAAUGAGCUGCCCUCCUGGAUUACCGAGCAGAACAAGUCUUCAGAAGAAGCCCCCGACCGCUAUAUUUCGCGUGGUGGAUCCUGCAUCGUCGGACCCCUUGGUGAAGUUGUGGCUGAGCCAAUCUGGGAAGUCAGCACUGACGACUCCGCGGAUGGGUCCAGCAUUGGGGAUGGACUUGUGAUUUCCGAGAUUGACUUGGAGGACUGCGAGCGUGGCAGACUUGACAUGGAUGUUGCGGGAAGCUACUCCAGAAAUGACGCAUUCCAACUGACAGUUGAUGGGCUGGAUCUCAACCCGCCUCCAUUUUGA